UGAAGCGGAUUCUUGGUGUCGGAACAAGUUUUACAUUUGAAAUAUUCGAGAGUCAAAGAAAUAAAAAAUUAAAAUAAUUUAAAUUUAAAAAAUAAAUUAAAGUAAACAAUUUGAAAACUCGGAUUCAACCAGCCAUAAUAAUUGAAUAUAAAUGGCAAAAUUAUUUGUAACAUUUGAUGAUAAAACAUUUCCAUAUGUUUCCACCAGAUAUUUAAAUGAUUCCAAAGCAGCGAAUUUAAACGGAAUUUAGACAAAAAUUUCUCUCUUCCCUAAAAAUAGACAAGAAACUCAUUAAAAAAUAUAUUUUAUAACACGCGCCUUUGCAAAAACAAAAUUCUUUAAAAAAAGUGUUAAAGAAUACAAAAAAAGGAAAUUUCGAAAAAAAAAACGAAUUUUUGUGAAUGUGAUUUUGAAAAAAAAAUACUUGAAUAUUUUUGAAAAUUUAAGCAAUCUCUCUUUGCCCCCAAGAAAAAAAAAAGAAGAAAAAUUUUCAAACACACAGUUUUUUCUUUUACUGACUAACUUAUUUAUGUGAUGGCAUCACCCUUCUAUUCCCCCGCAGCGCGAAAAUACAGACUGACGCCCCGAAACCAAUAAAGCAAAAAGAAAGCCAAAGGAAAUAGUCAAAAGAAUUUUCAUUUUGUCUGAGGCAACGUCAUUGUCGUCAUCAUCAUCGUCGUCGUCGUAGAACGAACCAAAAGUGCUUUACAUGUGUUUUUGUUGCUACAUUUCUUACAUGUUUUUGGCCGUCGUGUUGUGUGAAUAGGCCAAGUUUUCCUUCUACCAAAUACAUUGACAAUUGUCUGUAAAGAACAAAAAACACAAGUGUGAGAGGGUGGAACGCCAACAAAAUUGAUAGAUAGAUAAAUAGGCGGAAAAUAGAGAAAAUCUCUCUCACCCACAAUACAAACAGUGUUCGCCGCCACAGUGUUGUUGUGAAAAUUCUCAGGGAAAAAUUGAAAAGAAAAACUCUACUGCUGCUCCACAUCCCUUGCAGAAGCGUCAUCUACAGAGAUAAGAGAAACGCCAAGUGUUGUCGCCUGGCAGCAUAGUAGAUCCGUCCGGUGGCUCAGUCAUUGGCGUGUGAAAAGUUGGAAAACAGUUUAUUCAUAGCUUUCAGAGACCAUUGUUCGUUGCUCGCCUAAUAUUUUCGUGAAUAUUUGCGGCGAAAUAAUUUGUAAAAUUUGUAAUCCGUCCAUGCCAUGCGCGAUAAAAUUUCCCAACUAUUUUGCUUGCCAAAAAACGCAUGCAAACAUAAUUCAACAGAUAAUAGAGGACAAAGUGUGCCAAAUAAAGCAGCGCUCAAUGGGGGGACAGCGUGUACCAACGGUUCUAUUGGGCCAGAAGGGCCCGAAGCGACAGAGACCGACUCAUCAGGGACCGGGGGGAUGCGGAAGUCGUUGGAGAGGAAGGGCUCAGCGCCGAACGACGCUGUUCACCUCCAGAGACGGGUGGGACUCUUCAGUGGGGUGGCUUUAAUUGUCGGAACUAUGAUAGGGUCUGGAAUAUUUGUGUCACCUUCUGGUCUACUAGCUAGAACUGGUUCCGUUGGUGUAAGCUUUAUAAUAUGGCUAGCCUGUGGUGUGCUCUCGCUGAUGGGUGCCCUGGCAUACGCUGAAUUGGGUACAAUGAAUACAUCGUCUGGUGCUGAAUGGGCAUAUUUUAUGGACGCAUAUGGACCAGCACCUGCGUUCUUAUUCUCAUGGGUAUCAACGUUAGUCCUAAAGCCAUCGCAAAUGGCAAUUAUUUGUCUAUCAUUUGCACAAUACGCCGUCGAGGCAUUUGUCUCCGAAUGUGAUCCACCAAUGUCGGUUGUUAAAAUGGUUGCAUUAGUAGCAAUAGUGAUGAUUUUGUUUGUUAACUGUUAUAGCGUUAAUUUGGGCAUGGCUGUACAAAAUAUAUUUACGGCCGCUAAACUGGUAGCUGUACUCAUUGUUAUAUGUGGAGGUGCCUGGAAGCUGUUCCAGGGCAACACUCAACAUCUAGCAAAUGCAUUUAGUGGACCCACACCGAACAUUGGAGCUGUGGCAACGGCUUUCUACACCGGUCUGUGGGCCUACGAUGGUUGGAAUAAUCUCAACUAUGUCACCGAAGAAAUCAAGAAUCCGAGCAAGAAUUUGCCCAGGUCCAUUGUGAUUGGUAUACCAUUGGUAACACUGUGCUAUGCCUUGAUCAAUAUCUCAUAUUUGGCGGCAAUGUCACCCACCGAAAUGGUCCAGUCCGAGGCUGUGGCUGUCACCUUUGGCAAUCGUAUAUUGGGCGUAAUGGCCUGGUUGAUGCCCCUGAGUGUAACAAUUAGCACAUUUGGCAGUGCCAAUGGAACAUUGUUUGCUGCUGGAAGAUUAUGCUUUGCUGCAUCCCGUGAGGGCCAUUUACUGGACAUUCUCUCAUAUGUCCAUGUACGCCGUCUGACACCAGCACCCGGCCUAAUUUUCCAUUCUCUCAUUGCCGCUGCUAUGGUCCUCUACGGCACCAUUGACUCCUUGAUUGAUUUCUUCAGUUUCACUGCAUGGAUAUUCUAUGGCGGCUCCAUGAUGGCUCUUAUUGUGAUGCGUUUCACCAAACCCAACUAUCCAAGGCCAUAUAAAGUGCCUAUUAUCAUUCCCGUUGUGGUUCUGGUGAUCUCCAUGUAUCUGGUGGUGGCACCCAUUAUCGAUUCGCCACGUAUUGAAUAUUUGUAUGCGUUGCUGUUCAUAUUUGCCGGUUUGAUAUUUUACAUACCAUUCGUAAAGCUGGGCAUGACACCAAGAUUUAUGAACAAAGUAACUUUGUUCCUGCAAUUGUUAUUGGAAGUUGUGCCCACCUCCAGCAUGGCAUUGUUCGAUUGAGAACCGGUAACGAUGGCUUCUCAAUCUGCUCAAGUUGAUGCCCAAUCAAAAAACAACCAAACGAAACGCUAUGGAUAGUUAGUUGAAAGAAAAGAAAAUGUUACUGAGAAAACUAUAAAAUAGUUUUUGACACAAAUAUUCUUUGAAGGAAACAAACAAAAAGAAAAAGUCAAAAAAUAUUAAGAUAUACUUGAAAACCAAACAUUCAUAUUACAACAAAUUACAAAAGAAAGAAAAAAACAACUAUGUAAACAUAUUUAAUUAAAAUUAUAUAUUUUGUAGAUUUUAAGAAACAAAAAAGAAAAUACUACAGAAAAAUAUCAAAAAAAGUGCAAAAUAUUUUGAAAACAAAAAAAAACUAUUGUUGCUUUUAAAAAAGUAGCUGGUAUUCAAAAAAAAAAAAAACAGAAAACAGCAAAUAUAUAUACUAUACACAUAAUUUUUUGAAAAAUAUUUUUAGGCUUUGUUGUCAACACCAGAUAUUCAAAAUGUUUUUAUACAACUUUAUUUAUAGAAAUGUUUUUUUUUUUUUGUAAUGAAAGGAAACAAUAAAAACAAACGCAAAGUAAAGGAUUUGCUAUAUGAAACGAAUUGAAACACUGGUCUGACAAUGUAAUUUUAGUGUAAGGAUAACAAACGUAAACUGGAUUUCGCAAAAGAUCUGAGGCUGACUGGGGGUCCCAAGUGGCAUCAUUGAAAUAUUUAAAAGGUUUAUUUAAUUUUGAUUUGAUUAAAAUUUGGUAGACUUUUUAAAUGUGUCAAUAAUGCCACGAGAAGUGACCUAAUGUAUCAUUCAUUAUCGGCCUUGGGCCCUAAUUGAGUACAUAAAAAUUGAGUUUUGAAACUAUUUUAAAAAAUAAUAUUAUGUUUCUGUAGUGACCUUAAAAAAGAAUUGGAAAAUGUUACCAACAUCCUGUUUCUCUGAAUAGAUUUGAAAUCAAAUUUUGUCGAAUUGCUAUAAAUCACUGUGUUUUAAAUUUUAAUUCAGUCAUGUAUUGUUGGAAUUAUACAAAUACUGUAUUAAGAAACAUAAAGACCUUGUUCCAGAUCCUACAAGAAUUUAAAAAUUUUAAUACGAUAUCCGAUUUUUCUUUUAUGACAAAGGAAGAAGUUGCAUAACUAAUAAAUUCUUGCAAGUUCUGGAACAGAAGGUGUAUUCUGUAACUAUUAGCUACUCGUGUCAACAAAACAAACAAAUGUUUUUUUUAUAAUUUAAGCAAUGAGUAAAGUUGUUAAAAAAGCUACAGAAUAUUCCUACAGGUCCCAAGUUUAUGGCAAUUCCAUCGAAUUUAAUUUCAAUACCUUCAGAGUGAACAGACCUCUAAUAUUUUUUUUUUAAAGAAAAAAUAAAACUCAACUAUUUGUUUUCUAUUGUUGUGAAAAUCCAAGAAUUCGUAGGACUGCUUUAGGCAUUAAUUGAACAAAAAACAAAAUCGCUAGAUAUGUAUUGAAUAGAUGUAUUUUGUGGAAAAAAAAAUGCAGCAACAAAAUUUAUUUGCAUUAGUAAGAAAAAGAAAAGAGAAAACCCGCCAAAAAUUAAUACCAAACACUAAAUGUUGUUAUCAAUUAAAUAAUUUUUAAGCUUCUUAAGCAAUAUAUUACAAUUUAGUUAAGCAUUAAGUUUAAAUAUACAUAUUAUAUACAUACAUAGGAAACCAAACCUAAAAGACAAAAUACUAAAUGAAAAUUGAAAUUGCCCAAACAAACCAACACACACACAGAUUUUCGGUUUUAUGCAUUUUUUUCUCGUUUUAUUGAAAUCUUUUUUAUAACCAUUUUCUCUUGGAAUAUACUAAUUAUUAUUAUAUUUUUAUUAAGUAUUUUGUUGAGUAUAUACAGAAUAUGUAUAGAAACCAA